AGCGACAAGAUGGCCGCCGCCAGCAAAGCCGAGCUGGUCCUCGCUAAUCAAAAGUGAAUCAGGCCUUCUCUGGCACUCAGCUGGUCCGAAAAUUUCCAGAUCGGCCUGGAUGAGUGAUGGUGAUGGAAGGUCCGGCUCCGACAGCGGCGUUCGACGAGGAGUCGUCCCAGCGGCAGAAUGAGAACUCCGACCACCACAAGCGCCUAGUGUUGUAGGCCGCUAAGCAUUGAGUGGAUUAGGCGCCAUGAGGCGUCGAAAUCCACUCUUGCUUCUGCUUUCGGUGGCCUCUCUGGGCUGGAUCGCACUCACCUAUCAUUUGCUGAAGUCACCCGAUAACGAGAUUGCCGCCUCGUAUUUCAGGCAGGGCAUCCAAACAAAACUCGACGCCUUGGAGGUUGGCCUCAGAAAUCAGAAGAACGACGCACGCGGUUUGUACGCAGUCGUAGAUGGAAUACGGCAGACCAAACAGCUGAACGGCAGUCGAGCAUUCCGAGAACAGCGGCUGAGAGCAUCGAAGGGCCGACCAGUCAUUCCGAUAUUACUGUUCGCGUGCAAUAGGGUCACAGUGAAAAAACCCAUAGAACAAUUACUCAACUACCGUCCCAACGCGGAGAACUUCCCGAUUAUCGUUUCGGCUGACUGCAACCACCAGUUAACACUCAAGACCAUCAAAGUUUAUGGGGACCAGGUUCAGCUUAUUCAGCAGCCGGAUCAGUCCGAUUACAAACUGCCUCUCAAACAGAAAAAGUUCAAAGGCUACUACAAGAUCGCUCGUCAUUACGGAUGGGCGCUCAACAAAACAUUCCUCGAUCUGAACUACAACUCCGUGAUUAUCGUUGAAGACGACCUCGAGAUCGCGCCUGAUUUCUUCUCCUAUUUCGAGUCGCUGCUGCCGAUAUUGGAGGCCGAUCCGUCGCUCUACUGCGUGUCGGCAUGGAACGACAACGGCAAGGCGGGUCUCAUUCAAACGGACAACUCGUCAUUGCUCUACAGAUCGGACUUCUUCCCGGGUCUUGGAUGGAUGAUGACUCGAGAUCUCUGGCUGGAGCUGAUGACCAAGUGGCCGAAAGCGUUCUGGGACGAUUGGAUACGGGAGCCCGAGCAACGCAGGAACCGCGCAUGCAUAAGACCCGAAAUAUCGCGAACGAAAACCUUCGGGAAGAUCGGAGUGAGCAACGGGCUCUUCUACGAGAAACAUUUGAAAUUCAUAGAACUGAGCCGAGAGCCCGUAGAUUUCCUGUCGAAGGACCUUAGUUACCUUUUGAGAGACAACUACGACGUCGAUUUCGUCAAAGAAGUCUACGGAAGCCCGGCCGUCGCCUUGACCACUGUGACGAAUGGGAAGGUGAACUUGCCAAUUUGGCGUCCCGUGCGAGUCACUUACACCAACAUCAGCUCGUUCAAACAUAUCGCGAAACUUCUCUCGAUAAUGGACGAUUUCAAAUCCGGAGUUCCGCGCACCGGUUACCGCGGAGUGGUGUCCUGCAUGCAUAAAGGCCGUAGAGUCUACGUGGCCCCGCCGGCCGAUUGGAAAGGCUACGAUCCGAAGUGGAGUUAGCAAUUGUGAGCUUAAUGUGCAUUAUACGGAGCAUGCCGCGAUCGGGCCCCGAGCCAGUCGCUUUCAUUCAAGUCAUUUCUCAACUCUGUCGAACAGCAAGCACAGUUACUCAGCUGUUUGUAGCUCGAGUCUACAACGACUGUCACAGCGUAUUCUAGGCCUUAUACCGUUUGUUGAUCAUAACACUGGCUCAAACUCGUUCAGAGCAGUUGUGUGCGUGAGAGAAGCGUGAACUCACUUCGAUUGGAAAUCUCAUUCUACAUUUGACCUCUCGACGGAACGGAUAGGGUUCCGGUCCGGGUUUUGGUGGUGAUCAGCCCCUCUGCCCUGAGGGUUUCCAGACCUACAUUCCUUCCUUGCGAUGUUUAUCAGCGGGAGCGGGAUAAAUUGCCCGACCGCUCCCGCGUCGAGUGGAGAGCGCAAUCCGAACGGGGAUAGCGUUCUGGAGCGCUCCCGGAUCCCUCAUGCAGGAAUUAUUGGUUGAUGGAACGAAUCGAUUAUACAAUCAGUGAUUCAUCAUUGUGAAUGAAUGGGAGUACGCAGCGGAAUGAAAAGGGAUGUGGAGAGUUGAGGAUAGAGAGAUCGACCGCUCGGUCAUAGUGCGAUGGUGAGUUCAUUCGCCAAUCGCACACUCAGUCAUAAAAUGUAAAUGCUUGUACAGAAACCUAAGCCGAAUAAAUUAAUAUAUUAUAUUGG